AUGGGCUGGGGCGGUGAAGGCAAGGGCUGGGGCGGCGAUGGCGGGAAAGGCUGGGGCGGCUGGAAAGGAGGCUACGGCAUGAUGCCGCCCAUGCCGCCGAUGUACGCCAUGUAUCCGCCGAUGUGGGGCAUGAAGGGCAAGGGCAAAGGCAAGGGCAAGGCCCUGAAAGUGGACGACUCACUGAAGGUGUGGCUCGGCAAUGUUCCAGAGAGCAUCCGAUGGAAGGAGCUGCAGGAGCACAUUGACCAGCACAUGAAGAGCAAGUGGGUCGAGAUCUUCCAUGGCAAGGGAAAAGGCACUGCGGCCGUCGUGUUCGCAGUGGCCUUGGUAUGCCAUUAG